AGCGACACGCGGCGCUCCUGAGCCCCCGGGGGCCGCGGCGGCCGCGGGCCCGCCCGUCCGGGGCGGGGCUCGGCGGGGCGGGGGCUCGGACCCAGCCCGGCCGCGCUCGCCGGAGCCGGAGCCGUCCGCAGGUGCGCAGGAGCGUGGUCUGGAAGCGGGGAGUGCCUGGUUCGCGCAGCGCCAAAUGCGAGACAGGCAGACACAGCCCACAGGAGUGGAGAGUCAGCGCCUCUUGUUGUAAGACAGCAGCUCAGCACUGGUUGCUAAAUGGCCUCAGGUAUGGAUGGGAAGAAAUGCAGCGUGUGGAUGUUUUUACCUCUUGUCUUUACCCUGUUUACAUCAGCUGGAUUAUGGAUAGUGUACUUUAUAGCAGUGGAAGAUAACAAAAUUCUCCCACUAAGUGUACCAGAUAGGAAACCUGGUCCCAAAAGACCGCCUUAUAUAAGUAUUGCAGGUGAUGCACCUCCUGCAAGCUGUGUGUUUAGUCAAGUCAUGAACAUGGCAGCAUUUCUAGCGCUUGUGGUGGCUGUCCUGCGCUUCAUUCAGCUGAAGCCAAAGGUGCUCACCCCUUGGCUGAACAUCAGCGGCUUGGUGGCUCUGUGCUUGGCCUCUUUUGGGAUGACCCUCCUCGGCAACUUUCAGCUUUCCAAUGAUGAGGAGAUCCACAACGUGGGCACGUCGCUGACCUUUGGCUUUGGGACACUGGCAUGCUGGAUCCAGUCUGCCCUUACCCUCAAGAUCAACCUGAAGAAUGAGGGGAGGAAAGCUGGGAUUCCACGAGUGGCUCUCUCAGCCAGCAUCACCCUCUGUGUGGUGCUCUAUUUUAUCCUUAUGGCCCAGGGCAUUCACAUGCAUGCUUCCAGGAUCCAGUGGGGCCUAGUGAUGUGCUUCCUGUGCUACUUUGGCACCUUUGCAGUGGAGUUCAGGCAUUACAGAUUUGAGAUAAUUUGUUCUGAGUACCAGGAAAACUUUCUGAGCUUUUCCGAAAGCUUAUCAGAAGCCUCCGAGUACCAGACAGAUCAGGUGUAGCCUGUCCUCUGGUGGGGGGGAGGGGGGCAGGUGUGGUCUCAUGGGUGAAACAUGACCUCAUUUACACUUUUUUUAUGAGUUUCUUUUCAUGUGCAAUCAUGAUGGUAUUGCCAAAGGGCUCUGAGGGUGGCUGUCUCACUAAGAGCCAAACGGAGGUGUCUGCUGGAAGAGGAGUGGAUCCAUCUCAACGGCAGUGUGAGAGCACAGGCUGCUUAGUUUGUGCCACCAGUGACUCUUUCUGAGUGGCUCUGUCACACUUCUGUUAUUCAAAACAUUCAGCAGCCUGUCCUUGUGACACCCCUCUGAGGAUGGUCCUGCUCAGCCCGCCCUGCAGAGACGGAGGUGAAGGAAGCAGACUUCUCCUAGCAGCAAGAGUCUCCAGGAAUCACCUGUUCCCAGGUCACCAGACUGCAUCUUCCGUGUUUCCCAGGUUGUUUUCUUUGCUGCCAGCCGGGGGAAGUUGGUAGGGGGAGCAAGAGCAGCAGUUUCUUCAGAAUCAGACACAGAAGACCCCAGUGGACUGGCUUUCAUGGCAAGCAGGCAGGCAUUUCUUCCAGCCUGGAAAGCGGCCGACGGUAAAUCUGGGUUUGGAGGAACUGUGCUGUGAUCAGGAAGUGAGACUUAGCUGAUGCUGCCUUGUGGCCAGGCAGAUCACCCCCAGGCCAAAGGGAUGGCACAGUGGGCUGCUGAGUUGGCUUCCUGCUGGGCACUGGUCGGAGUGAGAUGCUGAAUUAAGAUGAGGUCUGUGUGCUCUGAAAACGACUCAGAAAAGGCUGCUUUUUUCAUGUGUAGUGCUUCCACCACACAUUGUGUAUAGUAUUUCAAAAGCUUUUUAAAUUUUUUUUUAAUGUUUACUGAGGGGGAAAACAUUGUGUUAGAGACACCAGGCUUGUCUGCCAUGAGAGCAGUGCCAGUGCUUCUGGGCACAGGGUUUGGUUUUGCUCCUUGUGCAAGCCAAACUUCAGACAUGCUGGUUUGGGCUCUGGGCCCCUCAAUGUGGCCAGUUGUCCUGAGUGGAGCCUGCCACUGGUUUAAAUGGACUUCCAAAGUGCCAGGAGGGAGUUCUGGCACAGAGGCUGGCUGAUCUGCCUGAGGGCUGGAUUUGUGAGAAGGGAACAACAAAACCAGAAGGGUUUCUCCUUCCCUAAAGGGAGGUUUUCAAACAGAAGGUCUGUUUUCAGAGAACAAGGAGCUCAAAACCUGAUUUUGGGAAGGCUGCUGUAUUGCCCAGGUAGAGGAGUGAUGGGAGUUGCUUGUCCCCAUGGCUCCUAUUUUCCUCCAUAAAUCAGGCUCAGCUUAGUUUUACAUAUUGUCUGAGCUUCAGGAAAACAAGCAGAAUGGUAGGAAAAGGCUCUUGAAGGGGAACUCGUACUGCUCUGUGGCAUUUCUGACAGAGAGGGAAAAUGCAAAAGGGCAUUCAGUCUUCUGCAAAGGUCACAGGCCUCUCCUGAGAGCAGAAACAGUUGAGACAAACUGUGUGUUAAGUAGAAAGCUUUCAGCCAGCCCUUUAUUUCCUGUGCACCAAAAUUUGUUCUCAGGCAGCUGUUACAAAUCCCGAGCAUUUUUGGCCAGCAGAGGGUUGUUGUUGAUUGCUGAAGGCUUCCUCCUUGUAGCAGUGUCUUGAGUGGAAAGUUUUCCCAGAAGGAUGUGCUGAGAGUGGCCAAGGACACAGCAGUGUGAGAUGCCAGCUCCCUAGAGGCUCAUCCAGGGAACUCCUGGGCAGGGACAGGAGGGGACAGUCUGGAGAACAUGCAGGUGGGAUCCUCUUGCACUGGCACACACUCAACCCACAUGGAGCACAAAAUAGCAAUUUGUUGUAAGGGUGUUUUACUGUAAAUAGUCCACUGUGUCUUUUUUCCCCUAAUUAAUACUUUCAGUUUAUUAUUUUAGCUUUUGUAAUUUUAUCAAAGAAAAAAAAAAAGGAUGAUGUGGUUAUUUUUUUUCCUUUUGCUCCUUUUCCUAUAUGCAAUCCAAACUGAAUUUCAGGUUUUUAGUGAUAAUUCUGUACAUUUCUUAGAGUAUUUCUAACAGCACAUUUCAGUACAACUAAAUGACAACCGAUGUACACUAAAACAUGACCACUAAAUAAAGUGCUUUUAUGGAGAAAGUGAGCUUUAUUUUUGUCCCUACCCCAAGCAUAGCUUUCUGAUGGCAAAGGCAAAACAAAAGGUGAGUAUUUAUUUACAGUGUAAUGAUUAACAUUAUCACUUAAGGAAGCCAGGGACCAUUCAGCCAUGCAGAUACACUUACUGUAACAGCACUAAUUAGCAGGCUCUUUCUAGGAGCAGCAUCACACCCUUUGCACAGCCCAGAAAGGCAUCUGGACUAGCUGCCCCACAGCCUGACCUGCUACUGUUAAAUUUUUAGAAGGGCCAUGCUGGCACAAUGUGGUUUCCUCCCCAAGUGCUUGUCUCUUCAUUGUUCUUUACCCAUCAGCCUCCCUCAACAGGGACAGCUGUAGGUGUAGGUCAGGGAUCAGGAAGGCAGCAAGCACCUCCUGUAUUGGCUGGCUGUGAGGGCAAGACACCCGUGCAUGAAGUGCCAGCAGCAGGGAAUGGGGGAACAGGAUUUCAGACAGGAGUUUCAGACUGCCUCUGGCUCCACUACUACCAGGUGUAACCCACCUGUGGCUCUCACUCCUGCACUGAGCCACAACUGAAAUCCUGAAAUGGUCAGGGAGGUAGUACAGCUUCCUCAGCAGGACAAGGCUGCUGCCUUAAAGGACUGGGGAAAGUGAAAACAGGAACACAGUGUUCACAGGUUUAGAAAUAAAAUAAUAAAAUUUGCCUUUUAGGUGCUGGGAUCACUGGUGCUAAGACAGGAAGGCUAAAUGCCAUGAUGGAGUGAACACAAUGAAAGCAAAGUUGUGUUUUUAUUUACUACAUUAGGAAAAGUUCCAUGACCAUCUGAUCUACAUUGGCACAAUUUAGGUAAGGUGAAAAGGUCAGGGGUUUAAUUCUCAUCAAAUGCAGCAGGAUGUCUGCCCUCGAGAGCAGUUUGUCAAGGUUUGCUCACAGCUGACCAGUGCUAUAAUGAGUGACUGGGUGAUCUUGGCUGGAGGAGGAGCUCUGUGGGUCAGUGCUGAGAUACUUCAGAAAUGCUGUCAAGCUGAUUUGGGGUUCAGACAGUUGUAUCCCAUAGCCCAGCACCAUGAUGCAGCAGUGAAGUGUGUCCAGAAUUUAAUUUUUAAAGCUGUAUUUAUAUAUACUCAGCUUCAUUCUGGGUAGGCUGGCUGUGGAGCUCUAUGCAAGUUGUACUGUUUCGUACCUAGAGCUGCUGCAGACACAGCCAAGAUACACACUGCUCCUUGUCUAAAGAGCCUGCCUGCAGCAAGGGCUGGCUUCUUCUGUGGCAGCCCAAUCCUGCUGUUUUAUAGCCCACAGUUGGCAUUUCCCUUUGGGAAUCCUAACUGUGAAUGUUUUUAACUUAGCCAGAAAUUCUGUUUGCAGGGAGAAGCUCACAUAUCUCCCCGUGGUCCCCAGCACUCCCUCUGGGACAAGGGGACAUAAACCUUGUUUGCAGA